ACCUUAUUAUCACGUACUAAGCUCACAACGAACUUUUCAGUUUUCACUCGCAAAUAAGCUGCGGUCAUGGAGGGUUGGUUAACCUUAUGUUUCAUAGCCGUAUCGACGUUAGUGGCCGUUUGGUUUUCCGGUGGCAAGAGCAAGCCCAAGAAGCAUCUGCCUCCUGGGCCAUGGACUCUCCCGGUCAUCGGCAGCCUCCACCACGUCCUCAGUGUCCUCCCACACCGCACCAUCACGGAGCUGUGUCGCCGGCAUGGGCCACUGAUGCUCCUCAAGCUAGGUGAGGUUCCAACCGUGGUAGUCUCGAGCGCCGAGGCGGUGGAGCAGGUGAUGAAGACCAAUGACAUCGCCUUCUCGUACCGGCGGACCACCGAGUUGCAGGACAUCGUCGGCUUCGGCGGCAAGGGCAUCAUCUUCGCCCCCUACGACAACCGCUGGCGCCAGAUGCGCAAGGUCUGCAUCAUGGAGCUCCUCAAUUCCAAGCAGGUGAAGCGCAUGGAAGACAUCAGGGCCGAGGAGGUGGGCCGCCUCCUCCGCUCAAUCAUCACGGCCACAGCUGUGGGCGCUACCGUCAACAUCAGCCAGAAGGCUGCGGCGCUCAGCAAUGCCGUGGUGACGCGGGCGGUGUUCGGCGGCAAGUUCGCACGGCAGGAGGAGUACCUUCGCGAGAUCAACCAACUCCUAGAGCUGUUGGGAGGAUUCUGCCUUGUCGACCUCUUCCCGUCGUCGCGGCUGGUGCGGUGGUUCAGCACUUGCGAGCGCCGCACAAAGAAGAGCUGCGACCUCAUCCAGCACAUCAUCACCGGGGUGCUUGACGAGCGCAAGGUGGUGCGAGCUGCCGGUGACGGCGCCUGCAGCACCGACGAUGAGGACCUACUGGACGUGCUGCUCAGGCUGCAGGAAGAGGACUCGUUGGCAUACCCUCUAACGACAGAGAAUAUAACUACCGUCUUGUUUGACAUCUUUGCAGCUGGCACGGAUACUACAGGAACCGCUUUGGAGUGGGCUAUGUCAGAACUCAUAUGUCAUCCUGAAGCUAUGGCUAAGGCACAAUUAGAGGUUCGAGAGGUACUGGGUCAUGGCCGAGCUAUCAUUGGCAAUAGCGAUCUUGCAAAACUCCACUACUUGCGGAUGGUCAUCAAGGAGGUUCUUAGAUUGCAUCCACCUGGUGCUCUACUUCCCCGCAAGACUAGAGAGGACUGCAAAAUUAUGGGUUAUGACAUGCUUAAAGAUACAAAUAUAUACAUUAAUGUCUUCGCAAUUUCCCGAGAUCCUCGAUAUUGGAACAAUCCUGAAGAGUUUAAUCCAGGAAGGUUUGAGAACAAUAACGUGGAUUAUAAUGGGAAUUCUUUUGAAUUCACUCCUUUCGGAGGUGGGCGACGGCAAUGCCCUGGGAUAGCAUUCGCCACGUCACUUUUGGAGAUCACUUUAGCAAACUUUUUAUAUCACUUCAACUGGAUGCUUCCUGGCGAAGCCAGCUCAGCGUCACUGGAUAUGUCUGAGAAAUUUGGGUUCACCAUAGGUAGAACAUCUAAUCUGCACCUCAAGGCUAUUCCAUAUGUACGCUCCACUAUAUAGAUGCACCUCAGUAGCCGUGGAUGUCCGUACUUAUUUCCUUAUACCUAUAUGGAUGUGCUAGAAUAAAAGGAGCUCAGGGCAUAAUUUGCGGCAUCAAAUUGUUGUUCAUGUUACCGUUGGCCAAAAAAAUUGGAAGUAACUAUCAGCCGAAAUUAUAUUUCAAAGUUGGGAAUGCAUGAAAGCAACUACUAUGUAUCACCUUAUGUGGCCAAUCAUGGGGAUUCUAUAAUUAGUGAUUAUAUGUUAAAUAUUACUAGUUUGUAAUAUUUCCAUUGAAUAGUCAUAUUCAUGUGGAAAUUUUCCUUUAGUUGUAAGUUAUAACUAUUAUAAAUUGUCUUCCUU